AUGCGAACGUCUACCUUUUUUGGUAUUUUAACCUUUUUCGCCGUGGGUAUUACAGCUGUUCCCAUCGGUUGCGAUUCGUCCGCUGUUCAACGACGUGGGGACAAUUCCGGUACAAAAUCCCACGUCCCCCAAAACGGACCAGGCGGAGCACCUGAGGACAAUCCCAACAGAUCGUUCAAGCUCCCCAAAAAAGGCGGGCGAGAGGCAGAGCUCACAAUUUUACCAUUUACUUCACAUUGCAACGGAUGCGGUGAAAGGCUUCGUUAUGUGGGCACUAUGAGAAAUCAUCAGGAUAGAAGACCGGCAUGUAAGGGCAAGGGGUAUUAUGUUAAGCAGCCCUCUACGUAA